AUGCAAAAACCACCACCACCACCACCACAACAACAACAACAACAACAGCAAUUACUUGUUAAACAUGAACCAAUGUCAUUUGAUGAACAACAAAUUAAAACUGAAGCACAUGAUGAUUCAUUAAAUGAAUCAAUUAAUACAAUUAAAACUCGUUCUGAUCCAUAUCAAUCUGUACCACCUCAUGUUCUCGAACAAAUUGAUGAAGUCAUAAACGAUGUUAUUUCCGGUGCCGGUAUGAUUCCUCAAGAAGUAUCUUCUAACACUCAUCCUUCAUCAACACCUGUUCAGAUAGUUCCAUUAACUCAACCUAAAAUUCAACCCCAACAUAUGAUUACAACUCAUCAUCCAUAUAUUCAACAACAACAACAAAUACAUGAAUGGUCUAAUUAUCAACAACAACCAACAUUAAAUAUAGCUGCUAUGCGUGGUCCACCAUCAUAUACACAUUAUCAUUCUCAACAACAACAACAUCAUCAUGAUCUUUUACCAGCAACAACAAAUGUUAUUAAUACAGCUGGUGUACAACAUCCUGAACAACAACAAAUAGUUGCUGAACGUAUAUCAUCUAUUUUAGCAUCAUCACCACAUGAACAACAACAAACAACAAUAUCACAAACACCUAUACAAAUAAAACGUGCUUGGCCAAUGAAUCAACAUCAACAAAGUGGUGAUAAUCAUUUUCUUGGUAGAUCUAUUUCAUCUCAACAACAACAACAAAUACAUGAAUGGUCUAAUUAUCAACAACAAC